AUGGGAUCUUCAACCAGCAUUAUCUUCCUCUUCCCUCUAUCCCUUUGCCUCGCACUACAGCCUCUUCUAAUCGUUGCUCUUGAAUCCAAUAACAACACCCAAUAUGGUACGCAAAACGGCAGUUUACUAGAUAAAGUUUGCAAUCAAUCCAAGGACAAGGAGCUCUGUUUCUCGAGCUUUAAGACGAACCCUGAAAGCGAGAGAACUCAUGACCUAACGAGCCUUGCAAUGAUCGCGCUCAAUAUCACAUCUUCCAAUGCCUCAAAUACCUUGGAGUACAUCACGUUCUUACGCAAGAACUCGAGUUUAGAUCCUGUGAUUGAGCAGAGUCUCGAUGAUUGCACAGACAAUUACAUGGACGCGUCUGAGCAACUUGAUGACUCCGUUGCUGCUUUAACGGCAAAUGCAUAUAAAGAUGUGCGUGUUUGGGUGGAGGUAGCAAUUUCUGAUGCACAGUCAUGCGAACAAGGGUACACAACAACUUCUGGAAAGUCGUCGUGGCUGUUAACUCAUCACAAUAACAUCUUUCGCAAAUUAUGCUAUAAUCUUUUGCUCAUUAUGAAUCUCUUGGCUCAUAAGUGA